AUGGCAGCGGUUCUGAUAAUGAUGCUGGUUCUAGCUCUGGCUCUAGUGUUGGUACUGGCCAUCAUUCUCCCUGUCAUUCUUCUUCCUCGUAAUGGUUAUGUUCGUGAUAACAUGUCAACACCUAAUAUUGCUUCUCGGUUGUCUAAGGAAAUUUCAGACAUUGAGUUAGUCAAUAUUAUCAGACGUAUGGAAGAAUAUGUUCGAUUCUUAGAAAUUCCUAAUUUUUCAGAUCUUACUUUCUCCGCAGGAAUUGCUCAGGCGAAACUAUUUUUCAACAUCCGAAACGUUUCGCCCAGAGAAUUUUUCUCUGAUCAGAAACUAUCCCGAAAUUCUAAAUUUGGAAAGAUUUUUGCAGAUCAAUUUGACAAAACUAAUUCGCCCGAAACACUAUUUCCAACCCUGUCACCUAUUGUGGAUAGUUACAUUGAUCAAAAAGUGUUAUCGCGGCCAGAUAUAACUGUGUCACAUCUCGGUAGCACAAGUAAUGACAUACUGAAAGCAUUUAUCACCGAAAUUUUUAGCGCGAGGGCAGCAGAACGUAUGAUUAAAUGGUUACAUCUUAUCAGUAAUGGAAGCAUUCCAGAUGUCCUUUUACAAGGGAUAAAAUAUUAUCGGGAGGAUGAUGAAAUAGAUGGCAUUGAACAUAUAGAUCCAGAUUAG